ACGUGACCAAAUUCCCAAACCCUAGAAAUCUCCAUUCUCCCAAACCCUAGGACUCCUCCAGAUCUCCGACUCCUCUCCUCCGUCUACGUCCAUGGCGGCUCUCAGCCGCUUCCUCCGUGCCACGGCUACUGCCGCUAGAGGCAUGUCGACGGUGGCUCCAGAAUCCAGUGUGAUAUACCCGGCAGGGCUUGCUGCUGGGCCGAAUAUGGGUUCCUCGGUGACGUUGGUGGAGACGAGGGAUCUGGGUGAGAGGAACGUCCAAUGGGUUUUCCUUGGUUGCCCUGGUGUUGGCAAGGGUACGUACGCCAGCCGGCUCUCGCAGCUCCUCGGUGUUCCUCACAUCGCCACUGGCGACCUCGUCCGCGAAGAGCUUAGCUCUUCUGGUCCCCUUGCUCAACAGCUUGCUGCCAUUGUGAAUCAAGGCAAAUUGGUGUCUGAUGAAAUAGUAAUAGAUCUGCUAUCCAAACGACUUGAGAAUGGGGCUGCUAAAGGUGAAUCAGGAUUUAUUCUUGAUGGUUUUCCUCGGACAAUUAGGCAAGCUGAAAUACUGGAGGGAGUGACUGACUUAGACUUGGUGCUCAAUCUCAAGCUAAGAGAAGAUGUGCUGAUUGAAAAAUGCCUUGGGAGAAGAAUUUGCAGCCAAUGUGGAGGGAACUUCAAUGUUGCCUCCAUUAGUGUCAAGGGGGAAAAUGGAAUGCCUGGUAUCUAUAUGGCCCCACUCCUCCCUCCCUCACACUGCACCUCAAAGCUCAUUACUCGAUCUGAUGAUACUGAAGAGGUGGUGAAAGAGCGCCUCCGGAUAUACAAUGAAAUGAGCAAACCGGUGGAGGAGUUCUAUACUAGUCGAGGAAAACUACAAGAGUUCGAUCUACCUGGAGGAAUUUCAGAGUCCUGGCCAAAGCUGUUGGAAGCAUUAAACAUUGAAGAUUCCGAUCACAAGCAAUCUGCAGCAGCAUGAUCGGCCAUUGGUGAGCUACUGUCUAGCUGCACAUUGGAUAUUAUUUUAGACAAAAUUUUGGUUUUAUUUAUAUUGCGCCCCAAAUAAAGUGGGCAGCGGUUUGGCUAUUGAUUUUCAUUUAUUCGAAGGUCAGUUUGAUCGAUUGCUUACGUCCAUGUCAUAAUUUCCAAAAAGAUGGUGUUAAGUGAGACAAGUGCAAUUUGGCAUGAUACUAAAUUUUGAUUUCAUUGGUAUGGCUGGCAUAUGCCAAACACAUUGUUUA